AUGAAUUACCUGUCAAUCAAUAUUAGGGGGGCAGGGGACGAAGAUAAAGCAAGAUGGAUCAGGAGGCUCUCUUCUGAGGCCAAGAUUUCCUUCGUUGCCCUUCAAGAAACGCAAAUGAAAGGUAUGUCAGAUAACUUGAUUUCUAGAUUUUGGGGGAACGCUCCUUUAGAGUAUUGCUCGGUUGACGCAAACGGAAGGUCAGGGGGGCUUGUUUCUUUGUGGAACCCUUGCGUUUUGCGGAAUGUGGCGACUAUGAAGCAGAGCAACUUUAUCGUCGUUAGAGGUUAUUUAUGUGGGGUUGUUGAUCCGGUGAACGUCUUUAACGUUUACGCUCCUAGGACGCCUAGUCAAAGGAGGCGUUUAUGGGAUGAAAUCCUUUCUGUCAGAAAUAAGCUUUCGGGUUUGUUUAUUUUGAUGGGAGACUUUAAUGAGGUCCGGUUUAAUCAUGAAAGGUUCAAUUCUAUAUUCGAUGAGAAUGCGGCGCUUGUGUUUAAUAACUUUAUUCGGGUAGGGGGUCUGGUUGAGUACCAUAUGGCAGGGGAUAAAUUCACGUACAUCUCGAACGAUGCUUCGAAGCUCAGCAAAAUUGACCGAGUUUUAGUGUGUGAUGGGUUUAUGUCGCGGUGGCCGUACGCGAUAUUCAAAGCUAUGACACGUGAACUCUCGGACCAUAGCCCUUUGAUUUUGUCUUGCUCGCAGGUAGAUUUCGGUCCUUCUCCUUUUAAACUCUUCAAUUACUGGAUGGAAAUGGAUGGAUUUGUGGAAGUUGUUAACGACGCAGUUCGCGAGGCCGCGACUUUUAAAUAUGGUGACAAGGCAAUUUUGGACCUUUUAAAGGGUAUUAAAAACAAAGUCAAGGUUUGGAGAGUUAAGGGGAGACAACAGGAGGCUGCGGCUAGAGAGCUGGCAGCCCAAUCUUUGGAUAUGGUUGAAAAAAUUGCGGGUCAGAGAUCUCUUUCCGAUGCUGAAAAACAGUCCAGAAUUAAAUGGAAAGAGAGGAUCAAACGGCUGGAGAUAAUGAAAUGCAAGGAAUUAAGGCAAAAAGCGAAGAUAGACUGGGUGAAAUACGGGGACGAAAACUCCACUUUUUUCACAAGUUCAUCAACCUAA